CCCCCACGGGUUGUUGGCUUCAGGCUUCUCGAACACCCCAGCCAUGCGAUACAAUCGAAGAUGCACACAAGAAUGAUAAGACUUUAGUUUGACUAUUAAUUCGAACCUCCACUAUCUACUUUCGCUCGCCGCGCGCCAGGAGCUCCUCGAGAGCUCCCCCAACCGGGCAGGCACCAUGGUUGGCCCACGCAAAGGCGCCUUCGCCGAGGAGGCUGCAGAGGUCGAGGUGCUCGAAGCGAACAUCGAGAAGAUGAAGAGCUUGACGAAGAAGAUCCAGGCCUCGCGAAACAGGCUGGAGACGAGCGGCAAAGCGAUGAACGAAGCUAUGGCGCCUAUCUACGGAAAUACGGCGAAGCUGCAGACCACGAACCGCAACAUCGACCGAAUACUUGACGCCAUCGAUAAGCUGCGUGCACCUUUGGACCAGUCAAAUCGGGAGGACCGGAUCAUCAACAAGGGCCUCCGGAACGUCGACCUCCAAGACUAUAUUGCUUCCCUCGGCCGCACUAGUCAGUCUCUUGCAGAGCUCAAGCGAACGAAUAUGCGCGCCAAUCAACAAGCCGUCGCCGACAUGAGUGCUCUCUUGAAGCGCGGACUGAGAGAAUUGGAGGAUGCUUUUAGAGACAUAUUGCGAGAAAGCUGUAGGCAGACUGUUGUGCCUCUGGAAUAUGUCAUGAAGAACAACCCGUUCCCAACGAUUCCACAAGAGCAACUAUCGACGUUGCGUCUCAUCAAUACCCACAUAUCAAACAGCUUUGCUCAAAUAUCACAACCGGAUGUGCGCGAGACACCUACUCAGAAGAUUUACGCGGAGGUCAGAGGCGAAUACAUGACCAGAUCAUUACAAGAUUUGGCUGCAGCGUCCAUCAAUACUGCGAAGAAGGUGACAGCGGAUGCGAUCUAUAGAAAGGGCACGAACGGCAUCGGAAUAUACGCGCAGGGUAUGGAGGGCUUAUUCGUGGCUGAAUACGACAACAUCACCAACAUCUUUCCACGCGAUGAGUGGACGAUCGUCUGCGGAGCAACAUGUGCUGCACCGCUUGCAGACUUCACUAAGACGCUACGUGAGCUCAAUGGUCACAUUCAAAGGAACCUGAUGACAGACUGCUUUUUGGGAUACGAGAUCGUCGACAUCGCUUCAAAGCUGUCUAUGCGAUUAGAGCAGAGGAUGUCUGCAUUGAGGCGGCCCAUUCAAGACAGCAUUAAACCCAUCCGUGAGACUUCAAAGGCGUCCAUGAACAAAUUACUGGAGGAUACAAGGGCGCGGAUACAAACGCUGGUUGCGUUGCCGAUGGAUGGAGCAGCUGUUCCUGUAACGACGACGACAAUGACCCGACUGCAGGAAAUGACCAACUAUUUGAGUCCAAUUAGCUCUAUUCUCGCAUCGCUGGGCGACGGGGGGUGGAAGUCGACCACGAACACAGGAUCAUCCUCAUCCCUUCCGCUUGAUGUCGGGCCAGAUGGACAGAGGCUAUUUGAGCACUACGCAUCCGAUACGAUCGAAACUUUAUUACAGAAUCUGGAUGGCAAGUCUCGAGCUCUGAUGAAGAACAAGAGCUUGCAAGGAGUUUUCCUAAGUAACAACGCUGCCAUCGUGGAGCGCAUGAUUCGGUCGUCGGAAUUGGCACCCUUGAUGGAAGACUAUAUGCAGAAGAAGCUGGAACCUUGGAAGAAGAAGGCAUCAUCAUGGUACCUGGAAGCUUGGCGAGAACCCUCGGGCUAUUUGCUCGACGUCCAGUACACGAACCGCAAAGAACGUCCGCAAUCGAGCACUGCAGGCUCUGCCGACUCGGUGGCCAUUGUCAAGGCGCUCGGCUCGAAGGACAAGGACGCGAUCAAAGAGAAGUUCAAGAGCUUCAACACCAGCUUCGAAGAGCUUUUACAACGGCACAAGUCGUACAAGAUGGAGCGCGAGGUACGUGGGCAUCUGGGUAAAGAAGUGCAGAACAUCAUGGAGCCUUUAUACAGCCGCUUCUGGGACAGGUACCACGAGAUCGACAAGGGCAAGGGCAAGUACGUCAAGUACAGCAAGGUCGAGCUGGGACAGGCUCUGUCUGGGUUGUCGUGAAGCGGUGCCUAAGGCGUUUGUCGUGUUUUUCGCAGAAUACCCAUGGUUUCAGUCCACAGGCUGGUGGUUGGUUAAUGCGCAGGGUAAUUGGGAACUUGGAAGCAUGCCAUUGGAUGUGGCAGCAAUGACUGCAGUCUGGCUUGGCGUUGAGGCAGAAUGGUGCCACGAUAGACAAUGAGUCUGCGGCGCCUGGCUGCGGCGCGAAUGGAGGUCGUGGAAUAGUAACAGCAGCCUCGUAGUCAUGCAUCAUACAAAUACUGGUAGCCAAGCUCAGCCGGCGCAACGCCAGGCUCGGGCAAUU